AUGUUCAGAGUUCGUCAGAAGCUGAUAAGAAGAGCAGUUGUCAAUCAAACUCGAAGCAGACACGCAUAUCCUAGCAAAGAUGUCCGAAGGCUGUUUAUAGAAUAUUUCCAAAAUCAGCAUGACCAUCUGUUCGUUCCCUCGUCGUCUGUUAUUCCUCAGCGGAAAGGAGAGGGAACUUACUUUACAAAUGCUGGCAUGAAUCAGUUCAAGCCCUUGUUUUUGGGAGCUGUUCCACCAGGCAGCCUAAUGGCCAACUAUAAACGAGUGGUCAACAGCCAGAAAUGUAUCCGAGUUGGCGGCAAACACAAUGACCUUGAUGACGUAGGUCAUGACCUUUCACACCACACUUUCUUUGAGAUGCUUGGCAACUGGUCAUUUGGAGAUUACUUUAAGAGAGAAUCCUGUAAAAUGGCGUUAGAAUUACUCACUGAUGUUUACAAGUUACCAAGGGAAAGGCUGUAUUUUACCUAUUUUCAUGGUGACGCUACUCUAAAUCUACCGCCAGAUAUUGAAUCUCAAACAAUAUGGUUGGAAUUGGGGAUUCCAGAAAGUCAAAUCCUACCAUUUGGUAUGAAAGAUAAUUUUUGGGACAUGGGUGAUACAGGGCCCUGUGGUCCGUGUACGGAGAUCCAUUAUGAUCAUAUUGGAGAAGGGGGCGGAGCUAAGUUGGUCAAUAUGGAUUCGUCAGAUGUAGUUGAAAUAUGGAAUUUAGUCUUCAUGCAAUACAACAGGUUUGAAAUUCUCUUUUUACGCCCACUGGCCAAUCAUCAUGUAGAUACUGGGUUGGGCUUAGAAAGAUUGACAGCUGUCUUAAAGGGAAGUAAAUCCAACUAUGAUACCGACUUGUUCUCUCCCUUGUUUGAGACUAUCCAUGAUGUAAGUAACUGA